AUGUCGAAGCUUACCGCCGAAGCGACCGAUCCCGUCAAGGGUUCCACCGACGAUGGGCAUCCACUAUCCCACCGCGAGAAGCAGAUCAUGAGGAAAGUGGAUCUGAGGCUGAUCGUAGGCGCAGCUUUGGGAUAUUCUGUGAAUUUGAUGGACCGUGGUAAUGUUGGAAUGGCAGCCAUUGGAGGCAUGCUCACAGACCUCGACUUUGACGGACCUCGCUACUCGCUCGUGGUUCUGAUGUUCUUCAUCACGUACGUGGUCUUCCAGCCACCCGCCACCGUCCUGAUCCGGAAAAUGGGCCCUCCAUUUUUUCUUUCGCUCAUGAUCUUCUGUUGGGGUGUUCUGAUGUUGGGAAUGGGAUUCGCUAAGAGAUGGGAAGAGAUUCUCGCCAUACGAAUCCUCCUCGGAGUCUUUGCGGCUGGAUAUUUCCCAGGGUGCAUGUAUCUUCUCUCCUGCUGGUAUAUGCGAUACGAGGUCCAGAAGCGCUUUGCGGUGUUCUACGGUGUGGGCUGCGUGGCAUCAGCUCUAGCGGGAAUUCUUGCCUUUGGAUUGACAAAAAUGAAUGGCACUCACGGAAUUGCGGGAUGGCGUUGGAUUUUCAUUCUGGAAGGAGUGAUCACCAUUGGGCUCGGUUUUCUUGUGUAUAUUCUGAUUGUCGAUUUCCCUGACAAAGCCUCACGGGGUUGGAAGUUCCUUACUGAGGAGGAAUGUGAAUUUGUCGUCCACCGGAUCAAUUAUGACCGACUAGAUGCUGAAGCAGAGGAGUUUACGCUUCGAAGAUUCCUGAAGCCAGCGCUCGAUAUCAAAAUAUGGGCAUAUGCAAUUAUGUUCUGCUGCUUGACUAUCAAUACGUAUGCCAUGGCAUAUUUCCUCCCCAUCAUUCUUUCCGAUGGAAUGGGGUUUGGUGUCGGAGAAGCUCAAUGCCUCACAGCACCGCCAUGGGUAUUCGCCGCUCUAAUGAUGUUUACGACGGCAUGGGUGGGUGAUAAAAUCAAACGACGUGUCCCAAUUCUGCUAUUCAAUGUAUGCCUUUCACUGAUCGGUCUACCCAUGAUGGGGCUUUUGAAACCCAACUCAGCUCGAUACGUCGGUGUCUUUUUGACCGUUGCAGGAGCCAAUGCAAAUGUGCCCGCUUGCAUGGCAUGGCAGGCUAACAACGUUCGAGGCCAAUGGACUCGGGCAUUUUCCAGCGCCACAUUGAUUGCCUUUGAUGGUAUAGGCGGUAUUAUUGCCAGCUUGGUCUUCGAAAAGGGUGCACCUCAAUACAGGCCGGGUGUGUUCACUGCUCUUGGGGCUAACGUGCUUUUCUUACUCGUUGUUGUGUCGCUGGCAUUUUGGUACCGGCGUUGCAAUGAACAAGCGGAUCGCGGAGAGCGUAUAAUUGCAGGAGUGGAGGGAUUUAGGUACACUAUUUGA